UUAGUGACGAAUAAAUAGAAAUUAAUCAUCAAACAUUGUUCUUAUAAACAAACUAAAUUUUCUUGUAUUGUAUGUCGAUUUAAUAAUGAUAAAAAAGUUUAUUUUUCAUUGUUAUAUGAAUAAUGCACAUCAAAUUCUUCAAGAAAACAUCUGCAAAUGUUUUAUAUGAUUGAUCGUAACAAAAAAUGAUCUAAUAUCUGUCGUUCUAUCUUUGUCAGCAUACUCUUAAUGAUACACAACAACUUUUACUUGUACACAUAUGCAGAAAUAUUUGUAUGUUGUUUUUCUUUCAUACAAAUUUUUACUUCUUUUAACAUCCACACAAAUUAAGAAAUGAUGUGAAACCUUAGUUAACUAGCCAUAAGAAUAUAAUAGAUCAACUAUUGAUUGGAUCAAAAAUAAUUGUCAUACAACUUUAGUCCAUAUCUUUUUUUAGUUAGGUAUCUUUCUUUCUUUUAUUGCAUAUGUGUGUGCGUGUGUGUGUUCGUUUAUUGAUAUGUAAUAGUCAGGAAAAAAGAAAUGAUAUUGCGAUCAAUGUUUGUCCUAUAUGGUUCUGUUCUUUUGUGAGACGUGAUUAAUAACAAGAAUGUCAUUGGUGAGAAAUGACUGGGCUACCAAGAGAGAAAAAAAAAAAGAAUAUGCCUGUAUAACUGAAUGAGGAAGGAAGUGUACAAUAUUCAGCAUCAUAUAAAAUACAUGACUUGUUGGUAACUAGAAAAGAACAGAGAGAGAGAGAGAGAGAGAGAGAGAGGGACAAGUUAUAUCGGUGGUGAGAUCAACUUAGUAUGCUAAAUUUGGGAGGAACAUUAGGGUUAGGGUUUCAUUCCAUCACAGCUUUUCUCUCUUUCUCUAUUUUUAUUCCUACGCAUAUACAUAUAGAUACCAAUGCAUCUUAGAUGUUUUUUCUAUGAGCUAUUUUUUUUUCUUCUUAUAAGGAAAAUUGUAUAUUGGUGGUGAUAGUAUCGUUCGCUCUUUUCUAUUUUUCUCUUUCUGUUUCUUUCACACACAUACACAUCCGUCUAUUCACCGCCAAAGAUAUUUACUCAAUAUGUUACUCGGUGUUUGGUUGAUGAUGCUGGAAACAAUCAUUUUCUACUCCGAGAUGUUAUAUAUGAUGCUGAUCGGUAUUUUUUUGCAGCGGAUACGGAAUAGAAUCAUAUAGAUAUAGAUAGAGAUAGAGAAAGAGAGCGGAAAAAGGAAUCAAGAAAACAACUGUGUUAUUUUUAUGUUCUUUUCAGAGAAGAAGAAGAAGUUUGAUCAACCAACUAGUCGUCUUUCUUAUUCAUCUUAUAUAAGUUAAGACGACUAGAGAAAUGAGUAGGAACGAGACUAUUUAUUUAUUUUUGAUCGUUAAUAAGAUGCCAUUCAAAUCUUCCGAACUAAUCAAAUGUUCAAAAUGCUAUGAAAAUGUUUAUAUUGUUGAAGAAGUUCAAGUAGAUGGUAAGAAAUAUUGUAAAAUAUGUUUUAAAUACGAUAGAUUUAAACAUAAACAAUCAUUCUUUUCAUCCUUUUCUUAUUGAUUUUAAUCUAUUCUAUUUUAUUAUCAGUUCUUGAUUAAGUCUAUUAUAUCCAUUAUCUCUUUCAGAUGCCAUUUUAAAUCUAAAUUUUUCAUGAUUUAAAAUGUAAUCAGCCUAUCUAUUACGUCGAAAAAGUAUCAACAGCUGGUAAAAAAUGGCACAAAACUUGUUUUGAAUGUGGCCUUUGUAAAACAAAAACAAUGCUCGAAAUAAUACUACUUGCUGAGCAUGAAGGUAAUUUAUGUUGUAAACAAUGCAAUGCUCAUAGGAUUGGUCCUAAAAGUGUUGAUUUUGGUACUGAAAAAUAUUCUCUUGGUAUGGACAUAGGUAAACAUUUUGGCAAUAAAUCUCGUUCAAUGAUGAUAAACAAAUCAAACUUUUCGCUAUUACCACCUGGUGCUACAAAUCAACAUGAAUAG